UCCGCUUCCGCCGCGGGCAGUUUGAAGGAAAUGGCGGGUUUGCUUUAUCCGUUGUCAGGUGGUGCAGUCGGGGUGGAUUCGUCUUUGUCGUUGCUAGAGGGGACCAUCCCGCGAGAUGCGUUGCCGCUGGAGCGGCCGCGGGCGAGCGGGAAGGAUGAGGAAGAGGAAAACGACGAGAACCUGCCCAUGGUUUUCCUGUGCGGCGGUUGCAAGCGGCCCGUGGGCGAUACGCUGAGCUGGGUGGCCAACGACGAGGAGACGGAGUGCAUUCUCCUGCGCAGUGCCUCCAGCAACGUCUCGGUGGACAAGGAGCAGAAGCUGUCCAAGAGGCCUGGAGAGUGUGGAUGCAUGAUUGAAACGUUUUUCUGCUCUGGCUGCUCAAUGACACUUGGCAGUAUCUACAGAUGCACCCCAAAACAUCUCGACUACAAGAGGGAUUUGUUUUGUUUCAACGUUGAUGCGAUUGAAAGUUACAUUCUAGGAUCCUCAGAAAAGCAGGCUGUUACUGAUGAGGAACCUUUAACUCUUGAAAGUCGAGCUGCCUUGGAAGAAGCACUAAAAAGGGCAAACACCAUACUAAAUGCUCUGGAGGCAAGACUGGCUACUGUUGAAUCAAGAAUUGAUUCUCUUCACAGUAAAGCUUGAAAGAAAAUUCUUUGUGUAAAAUAACUGCUGGAGGUUGAUGUGUGUGGAACUCUGGAAUCUGUGGGAAUAUUUUAAAAGCUGUGCGAAGAUCUGGAAGAUGUGGGCGGUUUGUGCUGCAGUAGGACAAUGCCAGCUACUGAGUCUUUGUCACAGAUGAGGAGUUCCCUUUUUGUCUUAAAAAAUUAGCCUGGGAACAAAAAGACUUCUAAAAAAUAAUGUUUCUGUAGAUUUCUUGUUUAUAUGUAAAUAUUUAAUAUCUUUUUUACCUUGGAAAGCAAAGUUGUCCUGUGGUUUAAUAUAUGCUGAACUGAGUUUGUAUCUCUUUCCUAAACCAAUUAGGGGGAAAACACAAAAACAACAACAACAAAAAAAACCAACACCCCACCCCAUGAAUUCUGCUGUGGGAGCAAAAUAUGUCACUUUCUUGUCCCCAUGGCUGUUAUUUUAGCUGUUUGGACAGAAAUGUCACAGUAACUUUUUUUUUUUUUUUUUUUUUUUGCAAGCUCAAGGCUAAAAUGAAAUGACUGUAAAGAAGGCUUCAAAAGCAUCAGCUACAAUGGCUUUCUGUGCAAUAUUGAGAGUCGUGUGUGAGAACCUCAAAGAGGAGAAUAAAAAAGGCUAGUAGCAGAACACCUUUUAAUCAAAGUUAGGUGCAUAUGUGAACAAAGAAUUCUGUGCUGUUUAGGAAACUUCUGUCAAUAUGUUGUUAAUAUGUAGAUCUUUCUGUUAUGGUUUACUAUAUGUUUUUUUUUCCAACAUUGUGGGGUUUUUUUUCCCAGUAAAUCAAAGCAAGCAAUAAUUGUGUAAGGGAAAAAUCUUUUGAUUUCUGUUGGAAAUGGAAUGGAAUCUGUAUUCCAUGGCCCAAUGCUAUUUAAUUGUAUUACUACUAAUUUUUUUAGCAGUCUCCAGAAACUUGGAAUGAAUUUUCCCACUACUCUUCCUAUUGGUAACUACGAUUUCCUCCUGGGAGCUUUCUUAUUUUCUGCUGCACCCUUCCCACCUCCUCUUCUCCUUUUCUUUAUCUACAGUUUUGUUUUAAAGUAGCAUGCAGUUUGGCCUGUUGUGGUUGUCUUGGAGUGUUUCACGUUCAAGCAACUAAAACACUGUUAUAUGCAUGGCUGCGGAGGUAUUACGUACUUAUUCUGUCUGAAUUACAAGUGUGUUGGGGGUGACAGACUGAGUAACCUAACAGUAGUCAACCUUCACAUGGUGUCCAAGUAGGCCCUUGUGUUUAAUUACAUUAAACAUACAAGUAACAAUUUUAAUUCUACCCUAGAUUCAGAGAGACAAGUUUAUUGGCCUCAAGUAGCAGCUGUAGACAUAUUCCUCCAUUUAAAUAUUUGAGAGCAGCUAAUUGUAGUUCAGAGCUAUUCCCUAAACAGUUUCGUCACCUGAGUGUCUUCAGUGAUUUUAAUUUGUAAUACUCUACAUAGCUACCAUGUGUAGCAGGAGUAAAAUGUGUCUGCAAGCAAGCAUUAAAAGUAAGAGGUGAUUGCUUAUCUUAUGGUAAGCACCUAAAUUUCAUAACCAUCCAUCUUAUUUAGCUACUAAGAGAAAAAACACCUGCUGCUGGAGGAAUCAGAAAAGUAGAAUGCCAGCAGUAGGUCCCUCAAAUUGCAGGCAGAAGUGACCACCUAGCCCAGAUUAGUUUCUGCCAUGAAACAUAGGUAACACAUUUUUAAAAUGUGUUAAAUAACAGUAAACUAAGAUGAGAUACAGUUUUCCAUCUUUCAUAAACUACCUGCCAUUGGCUACACUGUAUAUUUAGUGUCUUCGAGCACAUUGUAGGUGGGAGCUCUAGCACUUCAGCGCAUAGACACUUAAAAUAGGUCUAUGCUCUCAAGAGUUACAAGCUGCCACUUUGCUAAGGUGUGCAAUGAACGGGCUAAAUUUGGAAUAAAUUUCAUACAAAGAGCUGUGUACAUCUGCAUGGGGAAAUGUGUGUGUUGGGGGUGUAUAUGAAAUAAUCUUUAUUUUUGCAGUGGAGUUCAAUUGGGAAUUGUUAUCUGGAGUGCUUAAUUGGGUGAAGAUGAUUAGACUGAUUGAUUGCUUGUUUGUUGAAAUAUAUAAAUAUCUACUGUGAUACGUUUGAAUAGUUUUAAAUGUUAAUAAAAGCUGUUGUUCCCUAAA